UGGAGAGAAGAAGAAUAACAAAAGCUGCCACAUAUUUUCAGAGCAAAACACCAUCAUCUGUUGUUUCUAAAUUCAUGGCUUUUGUUAUUUAAAAAAGUAACUAGGCUCUAAGUCUGUUUUAACGGUUGGAAACAUGUUUGGUGUGUUAACUAAUAUGAAAAAGCUGAUUUGCUUUUUAAAAACGAGUUUUUGUUUGUGAAUUUUGGAAGCUAAGCUAGCUGCAAGGUUAGCUCCUGUCUCAGCUGCCUCGUCAACGUUUGUCAGAGAUAAUCAGCUGGGUCAGCCCUUUACAGAAAGCUAGUAUCUCUCAACAAGACUCCCUGACAUGGGAAGCCUGAGUAGUAGGUUUCAGGCCCCUUCUGAAGAACCAGAUGCUGAAGAGGUUGCAAGUACCAGCCACAGGAGUGGCUGUGACUGUAAUAAAAGGAAACGAAAUGCUCCUUGUGACUGUGAAAGUGAACAAGAGGAUGAUGAUUCUAUACUAGAUACACCGCGCAGAAAAAAAUUAAAAAGUACCUCAAGAUACAUUUACCAGACUUUGUUUCUGAAUGGAGAAAACAGCGACAUUCGUAUUUGUGCUCUGGGACAGGAGUGGAACCUCCACAAAGUCUACCUCUGCCAGUCAGGAUAUUUUUCCAGCAUGUUCAGCGGUUCCUGGAAAGAGUCGAACAUGAUGGAAAUCAAUUUGGAGAUCCCAGAUCAGAACAUCGACACUGAAGCUCUCCAAGUUGUUUUUGGAUCGCUGUACCGGGACGACGUCCUGAUCAAGCCCAGCAGGGUCAUCAGUGUUCUGGCGGGGGCUUGCAUGCUUCAGCUGGAUGGCUUAAUUCAGCAGUGCGGAGAAACCAUGAAGGAAAACAUCAGCGCAAAAACUGUGUGUGGCUACUACCAUUGUGCCAGCAUCUAUGGACUGGAUUCAGUCAUGAAAAAGUGUCUGGAAUGGCUUCUAAACAACUUGAUGACUCACCAAAAUGUUGACCUGAUGAAAGAACUCGGGGUUGAGGUGAUGGAGCAGCUCAUUCAGUCCUCUGACCUGUUUGUCAUGCAGGUGGAGAUGGAUGUAUAUACUGCUCUGAAAAAGUGGAUGUUUCUGCAGCUCAACCCGUCAUGGGACGGCCCAAUCAAGCAGCUUCUGGCUGAUGCUGAUGCCUGGCUCUGCAAACGCAGGACAGACUUGAGUGAGAAGGAGCCCUUUUUGAACACGGAGGAUGGCGCCCCUUUUCGCUCCGUUUUCAAGCUCGUGCGUCUGCAGUACAUCAUCAACGAUCUGGCAUCUGCACGGAUUCUGGAGAGAGACAACAUUUUGCCUCAUGAAUGGCUCACAGCAAUGUACAAAAACCAAUGGUUUGCCAUGCUCCGCACAGAGUUUGAAAAUGAUAACGGGCCUCAGGAGGCAAACAAGGAGGAGUUUGAGCUGAACAGUAUGAGAUGUGGCAGGAAGCUGAGUAAAGAUGGUGACUACUGCUGGCGAUGGACGGGCUUCAACUUCGGAUUCGACCUCCUGGUGACAUACACAAACCGCUUCAUAGUCUUUAAAAGGAAUACGUUAAGCCAGCCAUGUGGGGGCGCUGUCAGUCUACAGCCAAGGAGACAUUUGGCAUACAGGUUACGUCUUGCCUCCUUUGACAGCCGAGGGAAGCUGGUCUGCAGUCGCUCAACAGGAUAUCAACGCCUCACCUUGGAGAAGGAUCAGGAAUAUGCCAUCAUGAACCUGGAUAGCCGGUUGCUGUCAUUCCCUCUCUACGUGUGCUGUAACUUUCUGUACACGUCACCCCAUUCAGACCAACGCACAGAUCCUUCUGAACAAGAAAGCCCCAUUCAUAGCGGGUCUUGAUAUUUACUGCACAGAUCUUCACUUGUAUGUACAAUUCAGCUGAACAUUUAACACCGCUCCGACUUUGGAUAUACAGUAUAUUGUCUAUACCUACAUGGCUCUGUGAGGCCUUCAAUGGAAAAUGUUGAUCUGUUUUGCCUGCGUUGGCCCAUUCAGAGACUACAGUACCUUACUGCUGUUCAAGGGGUUGUUAUUUUCCCUACAACUGUCUUCAGUGGGAAAAUGGACAGAACUUGGAUAUAAAAAAAAAGAAAACCUUUCAACAUAUAUUGACUGAGGCUUAAUUAGGCUUUUUGUUUUUAAGGUCCAUUUUAAUUUCCUAAAGCCACUCAGGAUUCAGUUUAAUUUGGAAAAGUACUGACUGAAAAGCAAAUUUGUCACAUUUCAGUCUUUGCCAGGUUUGUAACACCAUCAAUAUUCAGUCUGUUGAAAAAAAAUAUUAAACUGUAAGUCAUAGCUUGAUUAUGAAAAUUAACUGAAUAUCUGUCUUUGGACAGCGUUACUCAUCCUUGCUGCCAUGCAAAUACCAACAGACCUGAUUGGGUAAAAAAGGGACAAAACAAAGAUUAAGUGUGGAAAAACCAUCAAGUGGAUUUACAAAUGCAUUUAUAGCUGAAUAUGUUUUUACUAAGUGGUUGGCUGUUGGUCUAGUGGCAGUCUUCCAUUAAAAAAUUGAUGUUUUUUUUUUAACAAACAUAUUUUAUGUAUAUAAAACCCUAUGUUAAAGUUAAACUUUAUUUUUUUUAAAGUUUUCUGUAUUAUAAGAAUGUUUAUUCUAACUGGACCCCAGCUUUAUUUUGCGUGUCCAGUCAUUGGUAACCUCUUCCUGAACACAAUGUUUGGAUUCAGCUUCCAAAUUAGUGAGUGACUCCAGAUUCCCAAAGGUUUUCUCCAGUGUAGAUCCUCCUCACUGUGUUGAUGUUCCACCAGUUCAUCUUGUGUCUCAUUGACAGACUGAAUCCUAAUACAGCUUUACCUAUUGUAUUCAUUUGUUAGUUUUAUCAAUUCUUUCUUCAUAUUGUUUGAAAAUUUGUAAGAAUUUAUAAGAAGUUAAUUCAUUCAGCAACUCAGUGGGAUUUUUUUCAUGUGAAAAAAAAUACUUUCACAUUAUUUAAUUUUUUACAUGUAUUUUUACGGAUGUUUUUUGUUUUUAAGCAUAAUGGCCAUUAUCUCCAUCUGCUGGUUAAACUGCUGUUUCACUCAGGCUACGGUGCUAUGACACGGUUGAUCACCUUUUCCAGCAAAAACGACUGUGUUACUUCGACACAUUUAAGUGCUUCUGAGAAUGCUUCAUAAUAUAUAAAUAGAUCACUUUGGUAUAAAAAAAAACAGUUCUUUCUCUCAAAGAAUUUCCUCUUUGUUUUCUUUUGCUUGAGGCAGUUACCGGUCAAAACACUGCAUACUAAUAACUCUGUUAAAAUUAAAAAAGGAUUUUUGUGGGCACGGUUAUCAUCCCAGCUCUGAAUCUGCAGGUUGUGUGUUAGGAAUUGGUUGAGAUAAAAACAGUUUUAAAGAGUCUCAAAGUCAGAUGUGUAUCUAGUUACGCUCCACCUUUUAUAACGGAUUAUCUGACGUGUUAUUGUGGAGGAACAGCUGAGCUUUAAGCUCUCUUCCUGUUAGCUUGAAGUCUGAAUGGAAAAGGUGGAUUUUAUAAACAAGCCUGGUCACCUAAUUCUAGUCUCAAUGAUUUCAGAAGAAACGCAUUCUUCCAGUAUUUUUGUAAAACGUGACGCACAGCAAUGAAAGUUGUCUCCUUAAAGCUUUUGCCAUCCUUAUAUUAUGAUGGAUAAUCUAAUGUGGAUUCUGUUUUCUAUUUGUACAACUUGAUACCAUUCCUCAGGCUACCAUCUUAGUGUUGUCUUUCUUGUACAAACAUUUAUAUGAAAAGGGACAUUUUCUUGUGUUGUCAUUAAAAAUAACUUUGAAAAG